AUGGACAAGCCAGCAGGAGGUCGGGUGCUGCAACAAGAGCUCCUGUCGGAUGCCCAGGAUGCCACGAACCGGGAGCAUGAACCGAGUCUUGUGCAAGCCAUCAAACUCUACUCAAAGGCUGUUGGCUGGAGUAUUUUAAUGUCGACCGCGCUUGUCAUGGACGGGUACGACACCAAGCUCAUGAGCUCCCUGUUCGCUCAAGGAGCGUUUCAGGAGGCAUACGGCAAGCCCUUAGGCAAGGGUAAAUACCAGAUCUCUGCACCAUGGCAAACCGGCCUCACCAAAGGAUCGAACGUCGGCCAGAUUAUCGGCCUCUCAUUCAGCGGCUACCUUUCUGAGCGGUUCGGGUUCCGGAAGACAAUGAUUGGGGCUUUGCUCAUCGUCCCUUGCUUCAUUUUCGUCCAAUUCUUUGCUCCCAGCCUUGCUGUUUUGGAGGCUGGGCAAAUUCUUCUUGGCAUCCCACUCGGCCUGUUUCAAUCCAUGGCUUGUGUCUACGCCGUCGAGGUGAUGCCAACACGCCUCCGCGGUUAUCUGACAAGCUAUGUGAACAUUUGCUGGGUACUCGGUCAGCUCAUUGUUUCUGGUGUACUCCGUGGCGUUUUAGACAUGAAAGCCCCAUGGGCGUACCGUGUCCCUUUUGCCAUGGUUCUGGCCCAUCCCCUUGAUCAUCGGUGUUUCCUUGCACCUGAAUCGCCAUGGUGGCUGGUCCGCAAAAAUCGUCUCGAAGACGCGAAGACGUCUCUUCGCCGACUUACAUCACCCCAAAAUGUGGCAUUCGAUCUUGACAAGACUCUCGCACUCAUGACUCUCACAACCGAGCAUGAACGCGAAGUAAACAAAGGCACUCACUUCCUGGCAUGCUUCAGGGGGACCGAUCGCCGCAGAACAAUCAUUGUGAUCGGCUGUUAUUGUAUGCAGGUCCUCAGUGGUUCGACCUUCCGCUCGUAUGUGACAUACUUCUUCGAGCAGGCCGGUCUGCCCACGACUCAGGCAUUCAACAUGUCGAUCGUCGCAUAUGGACUCGGCUUGAUCGGUACUGUGCUCUCGUGGGUUCCCAUGACCCAUAUUGGCCGCCGGGCGCUCUUCAACUAUGGUCUGAUCGCGGUAGGCUCGAUAUUCUUCAUCAUCGGCGGCCUCGGGGUCCGCUUAGCAUUUGCGCCCUCCUCAGGUCUCUCAUGGGCAAUUGGCGGUUUGUUACUUGCAUCCGUCUUUAUCGCCGACUCCGCCGUCCUCUCUGUGUCAUACGCGCUGGUCUCGGAGAUCCCGUCUUCCCUUCUCCGAAGCAAAUCUGUGGUGAUUGCUCGCGCCACUUACGCUGUCAUCAACAUCGUCGCCAACGUCCUCAUACCGUAUCAAAUGAACCCCACGGCUUGGGGAUGGUCGGCAAGGACAGGAUUCUUUUGGGCAGGUAGCUGCUUCCUCGGGCUGAUUUUUAGCUACUUCGUUGUUCCGGAGCCUAAAGAUAGGACAAUCGCAGAAUUGGACCUCUUAUUCAAGAAGAAAGUAUCGGCACGGAACUUUGCAAAAGCACAGGUCCACCUCUCUGAGCGUCAAGCCAGUGGAGAGACCUUUCCAGACACAGAAUUAGUGAAAAGUAUGUAA